AGAGAGAGAGAGGCCGUCGGGUACAGAGCGGAGGUUACCACAGGACACUGCUGCCUGUACCGCUGCUGGAGCUCAACAAUAGCAGCAAGAGGUACUCAAACCCAAAACUCGGAUAUCUUUUCGAUGUACCUACCGCUGGCAUUUUCACCACUGGAUAUUCUGCUUGUUGGACCUACAGCAGCGAGUUCAAAGCCAUACAUGUUGUGAACGCUUGGAGCCGGAGCGACUAGAGCAGCGCGUUUCGACCGACUGGACCUUUUCACUUUUCGGUAGCCACAUUCAUUCACAGCAUGUAUGCAUCUAAGACAAACAGCAGGCUACUGGUUAAGACAUUACAGAGGCUGUCAGUGAAAUAGACUGUUCGCUAGACUGGCAACAAAGAGUAGCAAGCGAUAUGAAAAUUAUAUAAUACAUUUAGCUUCUAUGAAAACACAGUCAUAAAACUGCUAACGUUAACGAUGCAGGACUAGUAUAAAACCACAGGGACACAGGCUGUAUAGGCUCUGUCGAGGUCUUUGAACAUUAACGUAAUACACGCCGCAUGUGUGUUGGUAUAGUAGUGUAAUGUUACAUGGUUUUAUUUUCCUUGGUUGCCCCUUUUUUAAACAAUUUUUGGUACAAAGUAACGAGGACUGCAACUCAGGACAGCAGUUAAGUUGUCGACACUUGUAGCAUUUGAGCUGUAAAACGACGGUUAAAAAAAAACACAGCGGUUAUUUGCCAUUUAAACUCGUCCCGGAAAAGUUUGACAGUACACUGCCUGUGCUCCUCAAAGGGCCGAGAAGUCAACAGGACAGGUCAUCUUUUUUUCCCCUACUCAACCUCCUCCCAUCAGUCUGUUAUGAAGAUGUGAACUCCCUCCCUCCCUUUUCGCUGUUCAGGACACUUUGAUAUUUUUCUCUAUUAGUAGGCUACUAAAGUAUCAAACGCGACCCUCCCCCCCCUCCUCCUCUGUCUCUCGGGGAUGUACGAAAGCGUGGAUGUUGUGGGUUUGAGUCCCAGUCCCAGCCGCAGCAGCCCCAGCCCCGGCUCUUUUCUGGGCAUGGACUACUAUCACAGACCCCCGGGGCUUGGGCCAGAGAAGGGACUACUGUCCGGGGCAGGAGGACUCCAGCGUCACUUCGGAGGGUCCCUGGUGGCCGGCAGGCACUGGAGCGGAUCCUGCCACUCUAUAGAGACUGAGAGCACGAGCUCAGGGGAGGACCUGCUCGUACCCAGCCCCCCUUCACCUCCGCCCCCACCCCGCAUCUACAAGCCCUGCUUUGUAUGUCAGGACAAAUCUUCAGGAUACCACUAUGGAGUCAGCGCUUGUGAGGGCUGCAAGGGUUUCUUUCGGAGGAGCAUUCAGAAGAACAUGGUGUACACAUGCCACCGAGACAAAGUCUGUGUCAUAAACAAGGUGACAAGGAACCGGUGUCAGUCCUGUCGACUGCAGAAAUGCCUUGAUGUUGGCAUGUCAAAGGAGUUGGUGCGAAAUGACAGAACGAAGAAGAAGAAAGAGGAGAAGCGGCAGGGGGAGACAGAGAUCUAUGUUCUGUCAGCAGACACAGAGCAGAUGAUUGAACAAGUUCGCCAGGCCCACCAGGACACAUUUCCCUCCCUCUGUCAGCUGGGAAAAUACACUACGAACAACAGCUCAGAGCACCGUGUCUCACUGGAUGUCAGUCUUUGGGACAAGUUCAGUGAAUUGUCUACCAAAUGUAUAAUUAAGACAGUGGAAUUUGCCAAGCAGCUGCCUGGCUUCACAGCACUAACCAUCGCUGAUCAGAUCACCCUGCUCAAAGCUGCCUGCCUUGACAUACUGAUUCUGAGGAUCUGCACUCGUUACACCCCAGACCAGGACACAAUGACUUUCUCUGACGGUUUGACUCUGAACCGCACCCAGAUGCACAAUGCUGGGUUUGGACCUCUCACAGACCUCGUAUUCUCCUUUGCAAACCAGCUGCUGCCGCUGGAGAUGGACGAUGCAGAGACGGGAUUACUCAGCGCCAUCUGCCUGCUCUGUGGAGAUCGUCAGGAUCUGGAAGAACCAGAAAAGGUGGACGUUCUUCAGGAGCCAAUGUUAGAAGCCUUGAAGAUCUAUGUGAGGAGGAGGAGGCCUGAUAAACCCUGUAUGUUCCCCAAAAUACUGAUGAAGAUUACUGACCUCAGGAGCAUCAGUGUGAAGGGAGCAGAGCGAGUGAUCACACUGAAAAUGGAGAUACCCGGCUCCAUGCCUCCUCUCAUCCAGGAGAUGCUGGAGAACUCUGAGGGUCUGGAGGGGCACGGAGCAGGGGGAGAGAAGGGAGGAGGAAAAGGCAGAGGAGGAAGCAGAGAAGAGGAUGAAACAGACCUCAGGAGCUGUUCGUCGCCCAAAUCAGUCUCCUCUCCCAGCCCAAGCCCCAUACCUUGCUCCCCGUCUUCUCCUUCCCCCUCUACCUGAGGCAGAGCACCUCUGCUCCACACAGCACCACUCCAGGGACACAGUGUGGUACUGCGAGAAAAGCCACACCACAUAGCAGACACACAGGGAAUGAAAGCAGAGAAACUGCAUCCAAUAGCAAAUAAUCUGGAGGACAAAAAAGUCUGAAUGUGUGAAUCAGUAAACUCUCUGGGCUACUAGUUACAAUGGGAGGGAGGCUAAAUAUACAGAUGUUGUAUUGAAUGAAAACAGUCAGACAGUGAUGUGAGGACUGAUUUAUGGUCAGACAUCAAUUUCAUAGAUACAGUGCAAAAAAAGUGUUUUCAUUUAAAAAAAAAAUCUUUUUAUAAUGCCUAAAAUGUUAAUUAUUUGCAGACUGUGUGAACCUAAAUGAAGGAUUAUCUAUAUGCUCUAGGUAAACAUGAAUAGACUGAUGAAGAGGUUACCUCUUACACACUUCCUCCCUGAUGAAGCGUCAUGUAUAAUAUGCAGAAUCUAUAUAAGAGUAAAGUUAUGCCAAUGACGGAUAGAGGUGGUGGUUGGUAUGGUUUUCUCAAGCUUUCAAUUAUAUUUAAAAAUCAUUAUCAAGAGCAGGCAGAGGUGACAAGAACAACAGCAGAUAAAUACCAGAUGUAUUUAUCUGCUCAGAUCUUAUUGUUCGGGUGUAUCAGCGAGGCUGGUGAUAUCACAAUUAACCAAAAAAUGUUCACAAACAACAAAUAACUUCAGUUCUUUGGAGGCUUUUAAACUGCUGUUCAAGCAGAGCCUCUUUAAGCUGCCCUCCAUGUCAUUUGCCUCCAGCUUGGCUCCAAGUUGUUAAAAUGUCAGUUAAAAGUCCAAAUUCCUUGAAUGAUGUCAUAUGUUCAUAUGUGGCACCACUGGGUCCUUUAAAAUGGUCACUUUUCACCUAUAUAAUAACUCUAUAUAAUCAGCAUCACAACCAGGACACCUGAAGUGAUACGCAACGUGUGUUGUUGCUGUUAAAUGAUGAUGAACUUAAUGAUGUAUCUGAGCAAUGAGCUGACACAUCUAGUAUGUAUUUACUGUUGUUUCCUUGUCAUGUCCACCUGCUCCUGAUCAGAGUUUUGUCCGGUAAUGAAGACUGAAAGUGUGCUCCUUCUAUGGAGUAACUUUAAUCUUACAUGUACUCAAUAUUUGUGGAUCUCCUGGUUUAUGCAGAAUCCUGAUAUUGUAUAUAAAAGAGGCUGUGAAAGAAGUUGCCACACUGAGACAGACUUAGACCACAGUUUAUUUUCCUAAAUGUAUGUUUGUGUGUACUGUAAUUUCCCAAAUCAUCCCGACGUCUUCUCCUUUCCUUCUCCUCACAGACACAUCGGGAUAAAACAAUAAUCCUUGACUUAAAUUCCCCUCUCUGGAAUCAGACAUGUAAACAAGAACUGCAGACUCUUUAGCUUCAGGCAAACACAUUUUUCUCUGUUUUACUUUGUAUCAUCAUCUGUAGUUAAAGAUGUAUAUGGGGUUAUGUAUAGAUGCAGCUCCAGAAACUCAAAUGUGAAAUAUAAGAAAUUUUAAAAUAAUACAAAGUCUGCCUGUUGGUGGACACUUUGCAGCCAAAGCAAACUGUGAUACCUGAAAAGCAAUCACCCCUCACAAGAGUGUUCCACUCUUAUAAUGAACCCUACUGUGCACUAGAGCUGUAAAGCACUGCAGAGUUCUAGUUUAAUGAAAGUAAUAUGGAAAUCUCAUCAGCACUAAUGACAGGUGCAGCCAAAACACGUUCUGGAUGAUCAAGUUGUAUUUUGUUUUUACAGUCUAGCAAAAUGUACUUUUAUAGUAUGCUUACACAGUGCCACUGCCUACUGUCAUUUACAGAUCUUGUAACUCCAGUAUCAAUGUUGUCCUCUUUAAUUUAUGGUGAGCUAAAACUCAUUGAAAAUUCUAAAAGUACAGGGAGAUGAAUAAAGGUGUAUGAUUUUCCACUUGUC